GUGCCGGGCCGCGAGCCGGCCGGUUAGCGGGCUUCGUUACCGGCCCCUGGGAGGGACGCCAGAGCUGGAAGGGGCCUCGGAGUCAUCUCGGGUCUAACCCCCUCGUCCUUCUUGUGGGGAAACUGAGGCACUGGGAAGGGUCGCGGAGUUGAUGGCAGCGUCUGUCGCCUCUGCCCUCCCGGUUACAGUGUUUGCUGUGCACACGGAGACACGCGUCCCCCAGGGCCAAAAUGAGUCUGUUCGGAACAACCUCGGGUUUCGGAACCAGUGGGACCAGCAUGUUUGGCAGCACAAGCACAGAUAACCACAACCCCAUGAAGGAUAUUGAAGUAACAUCGUCUCCUGAUGAUAGCAUUGGUUGUCUAUCUUUUAGCCCACCAACCUUGCCCGGGAACUUUCUUAUUGCAGGAUCGUGGGCUAAUGAUGUUCGCUGCUGGGAAGUUCAAGACAGCGGACAGACGAUCCCAAAAGCCCAGCAGAUGCAUACGGGGCCGGUGUUAGAUGUCUGCUGGAGUGAUGAUGGGAGCAAAGUAUUUACAGCAUCAUGUGAUAAAACUGCCAAAAUGUGGGACCUCAACAGCAAUCAAGCAAUACAGAUUGCACAGCACGACGCUCCUGUUAAGACCAUCCAUUGGAUCAAAGCUCCAAACUACAGCUGUGUGAUGACUGGCAGCUGGGAUAAGACUUUGAAGUUUUGGGAUACACGAUCAUCAAAUCCCAUGAUGGUUUUGCAACUCCCUGAAAGAUGUUACUGCGCCGAUGUGAUCUACCCUAUGGCCGUGGUGGCGACUGCAGAGAGGGGACUGAUCGUCUACCAGUUAGAGAAUCAGCCCUCCGAAUUCAGGAGGAUAGAAUCCCCGCUGAAACAUCAGCAUCGAUGCGUGGCUAUUUUCAAAGAUAAACAGAACAAGCCGACUGGUUUCGCUCUGGGAAGUAUCGAGGGGAGGGUUGCUAUUCACUACAUCAACCCCCCAAAUCCUGCCAAAGACAACUUCACCUUCAAAUGUCACCGCUCGAACGGAACCAAUACCUCAGCUCCUCAAGACAUCUACGCGGUAAACGGGAUCGCAUUCCAUCCUGUUCACGGCACCCUUGCCACUGUGGGAUCCGACGGCAGAUUCAGCUUUUGGGACAAAGAUGCCAGAACGAAACUAAAAACUUCGGAACAGUUAGAUCAGCCCAUAUCGGCCUGCUGCUUCAAUCACAACGGGAACAUAUUUGCCUAUGCUUCCAGCUACGACUGGUCAAAGGGACAUGAAUUUUAUAAUCCCCAAAAGAAAAAUUACAUCUUCCUGCGUAACGCAGCCGAAGAACUAAAACCCAGGAAUAAGAAGUAGCGGCCGGAGACUUCUGGGCCGUCGGGAGUCGUUCUCUCUCACUCUGCCUCGUCUUUGUACGAAUUUGGGUCCCAGUUUUUGGUCCCAGUUUUUGGAUGUGGAUUUCAACCCCUGGAGAAAACGAUCAUUGUUCAGCAGUCGGGAGCCCAGCCGGCCAUGGCGACUGCCUGUCACAGGUCUGUGCUGUGGCCCUGAGGGGACUGAAGUCAUUAGAGAAGUCAGCUUCCUGUGGGCGACUGCCAGGCAUUUUUCAGCGCUUCGUUCAGCCACGUCUGUAUUAGAGAACAUUGGGGAACAUUCUAUGGACGCUGUACUGUAUUUUGUAAUAAAAUAUUUUGAAGAUUGCC